AUGUACUGGACCCUCCACUUCAUAGUUACCCAUCUCCCUAACUCUCUUAGCUCGGUCAGGGACCACUUUCUCGCUCGCAGUCGCACUGAGCUCACUGUCGACCUCCUAGAGGAGCACCUCCUUGCAGCAGAGAAGAGCAUAGUCGCUGUAGGUGCUGCUCGUGGCGCUCCUCGCACCCCCAUCUUUGAGGGGUGCUCUCCCUCUCCCCUCGCCCCCUCCUUCGCUACUGAUGCUGCUGUUGACUUCCUUUGUGCUGAGUCUUCUGAUGCUGCUUCUGCUCCUAGUGGGAGGCGCCGCAACGGCAAGGGCAAGGGAGCCAAGGGUAGCGGAGGUGGCACCCGUGGGGGGGGGGUGGUGGUGGAGGAGGUGGAGGAGGAGGAGGUGGCGGAGGGACUGGUGGCGGGAGUGCUGGCGGGAGUGGUAGCGUCGGUAGCGGAAGUGGAGGCGGUGGCGGCGGCGGGGGGUGGUGGCAGCGGUGGCGGCUGCGGUGGCGGCCGGGGCGGUGUUGGCGGCGGCGGUGGCGGUCGGGGUGGAGGCACUGGCGCUGGCCAGAGACAUGCUGAGGGUGACUGCUACUUGUGUAUGCCGCCUGACCCAGGUAUAGAGGCUGCUGCCCUAGGUACCAGCGAGUCUGCUCUCUCAGGUACUGCGCCUGCUGAGGCCUUGCACACCUUUACACCUGACCCAGGUAUAGAGGCUACUGCCUUAGGUGCGGGUGAGUCUGCUCUCUCAGGUACUGCGCCUGCUGAGGCCUCGCACACCUUCACGCUUGACUCAGUUCUUGCACGGUCCACCACUGUGCUUCCGUGCCCGGCGGUUCCGUCCGGCUCACUGUCAGGUCUCCACCUCCCCUCGUUCUCGACAAACUUGGUGAGCUACGCAGUCAUCCAGGAUCAUUGGGUUGACACCUUUACCCCUGGAGGACAGCGUGUGGCGAUCUACGUGUGGGUCCCAGCCCACGUUCGUGGACAGGGUGGUGAGCGUUACACCACGGUCUUCCCCUUGCGCACCAAGGGUGAGGUCCCUGCUGUCCUGAUCCCUUGGAUCCGAGCAGUUCGUCUCCAGCUCCGCCGGAGGUUCCGUACGGACCUUCCUGUCCUACGUCUGCACUCUGACAGAGGUGGUGAGUUCACCUCCGACCUCUUGCGGGCCUUCUGUCAGGGGGAGGGCAUCGAGCAGUCGUUCACGCUUCCGGGCUCACCACAUCAGAAUGGGGUUGCUGAGCGCCGCAUUGGCUUGUUUUACCACCCCACCUCGUGCCGUGUCUUCCCCUCUCAGGACGUCACCUUUGACGAGUCGGUUCCUUUCUACCGUCUCUUCCCCUACCGCACUGCCCCUCUCCCUCCCCCGCCGCUUUUCCUCGCUCCAGGUCCCCCUCCGGCAAAUCCCCUCCCCCCUCAGGGUCCUGCUCCUUCAGCUGAGGGGGGUGACGUUGCUGCUGACGACGCGAUGCCCUUCUGCCGCUCACCACGCUUGGCGACCCCUCCGGGUUUUCCACCUCGACCGUCUUCGCCGCCUCUGCAGCCGGUUGCUGUCGACUCUGGUGCUGCUGGGGGUGGUGCUGCUCGGGGUGCUGCGUCUGGGGGUGUUGAGCCUCCUGCGAGUGCGGAGCCUGGGGGUGCUGAGCCUACGAGUACGGAGCCUGAGGGUGCUGAGCCAGAGGGUGCCGGGUCAUGGGGUGCUGAGUCUGCUGGAGUUCCUCUGGGUCUCCCUCUUUGUGCUGCUGGAGCAGGAGGUCCUGCUGUUGGAGGUACUGCUGCUCGAAGUGCUGCGGCUGGAGCUACUGGAGCUGCUCGUCAUGGAGACGCUGGGAUUGCUGGUGAUUCUGGUUCUAGACGUGCUCGUACUGGAGGUACUGGAGCUGCCAGGACUGGUGGUGCUGUUGGAGCUGGAGGUGCUAGCUCUAGGGGUGUUGAGUCUACUGGCGCUCCACCUGGUGCUGCGUCGCAGCGGUCAACGCUCUCGCGACAACAGCUCCGCGCACCCGCCUUCGGAGUCGCACUGCUGGAGCUGGAGGCGCUACUGCUAAGGGUGCCGGCACUGGAGGCACUGGAGCUGGUGCUGUUGACCCUGAGCUGGAGAGGUACUAGCGCUGGAGACCCUGGAGCUGGAGGUGCUGGUUCUGGGGGUGCUGCUGCUGGAGGUACUGGGGCUGGAGGCCCUGGAGCUGGUGCUGUCGAUUCUGGAGUAGGAGACCCUGGUGCUAGCGGUGCCAGUUCUGGAGGUGCUGCUGCUGGAGGUACUGAGGCUGGAGACCCUGGAGCUGGAGGUGCCGGUUCUGGAGGUGCUGCUAGUGGGGCUGGAGGUGGAGGUGCUGGUGCUGGAGACGCUGGAGCUGGAGGUUCUGGAGCUGCUGGAGGCGCUGGAGCUGCUGGUGCUAGUACUGGAGGAGCUGGUGCUGGUGGUACUGCACAGCCGCGACUGUUCUUCGCUCCGCCGUCACCGUCGUCUCUGCCACCGCCUGACUCCAUGCUUCGCCAGGUUCAUACCCUCCUGUCUUCUACUGGCCUUUCGUUACAGCCAGGCUCCCCACUACCUGCUCCUCCUUCCACUGAGAAGACAGACUCGCUUACGAAGUGUCGUGAGCUUGCGUCUCGUCCAUCCUCACCUGCUCGCACAAGUCGCACUGGUCGUCGUGUUCCUCGUGAGCGUCCGCCUCCUGUCCCUGGCACGCACGCUAUGGCACUUCGUCCUUCCUCUGCUCCACAGCGUGUUCCCCUGCCGUCUCCUCCUGCAUCUUCAUUGCCUGACGUUCCGGACCCUGAGUCUGACCUGUUUCGUGCUGCUCACCCUACUGUCACGCCUAGUCUUGUUGCUGAGUCUGAGUCUGUCUGUCCUCCGUCCGUCGGGGGUGAGUGUGCUCUUGGCACGGACGUCCUUGAGGACAGGCAGGAGGACUUUGAGUGUCUUGCCCCUGAGGGAGACCCGGAUGUACCUCAUCUCGUGGCCAUGCUGCUUGCCCCUGAGGGAGACCCGGAUGCACUAGACAUCCCGACCCCGCGCUCUUACGCAAAGGCAACUAUGGGUCCCUACUCCUCUCAGUGGCACACAGCCAUGGACGCAGAGAUGGCAUCCUGGAAGUUCACAGGCACUGAUGGCAAUGCCGUUCCCCCUCCUGGGGCGAACAUCGUCGAUGGCAUGUGGAUUUUCAAGGUGAAACGGUGA